AUGGCUGGACUUGUCGAAAACCCUGUUCUAAUCCCUUUCCCCCAGAACGAGAAAAUCGCUGUUCACACUCCCAGGGAUCCCCCGGUUGUAAGGUGGAAUGGCGGACGUUCAAGCAACCCUUCCGCCAUUGGGUGGCUACGAGAAACGCUUAAAGACAGUCCCAUUGUCGAGAUGCGGAGACGGUACGAAGAAGAUGGGUACAUUCUGAUCAAGGGCCUAAUUCCCCGAGAAGUGGUUCUCGAUAUGCGUGAACACUACUUCACUCACAUGCGUUCGACCGGCUUGAUCGCACCGGGGAGUGACCCUAGAGAUGGCCUUUUCGAUUUUUCUUCGUCGCCUGAAGAGUUUAACAGCAUCGGUGCGCCUUCAUAUCCCGACCGCACGAAACUCCAAGCCAUGGCGGCUGCGCACUGCACACCAGAAUACCUUGAUUUCCUACAAAACCCCCAAAUGCGCGAGUUUGUGAGGCAAUUUAUGGGCUGGGGCAAGGAAGUCCUACUUGCUCGGACUCUGCUGCGACACUGCGUGCCUCACGGGAUCAGUUUAGCGAUCCAUUACGACAAAAUCUUUCUCCGAGGGGGCAACCCGGCCAACGACUUUUUGACGGCGUCGACAAAUCGAGGCCAACUUCACCGAGAAAGCCCAAACACUACCGCGCGAAGAACGACUCAGAGCAUACAACAAGAACAUGGCCCCGAAUGGAUCUCUGGGACCGACGCCCAAGAGUUCUACGAGGCCGAAGGUCGCGAUUUCAGGGCAGCAAAGGAAUGGCUCACGGCGGACUAUGAGGCUGGAGAUGUCAUCUUUCACGACCCCUACAUCGUCCACGGCACAACGCUGAAUGAGGACAAGUUGAAUCGGAUCAGACUCAGCACUGAUCUGCGGUUCUACCAAGAAGGCACAAGCGUAGAUGAGCGGUGGACGAAAGUCUGGAUGCCCACGGAUGGCUUGUAG